AUGACCAAGGUUCAGGCACAAAUCGCGAGCUCUCGCCGCAAAUCGCGAAAGGCGCACUUCGGUGCGCCGAGUAGUGUGCGUCGGGUCAUCAUGAGCGCGCCAUUGAGUAAGGAGCUCCGCGAAAAGUACGGUGUACGCAGCAUCCCCGUCCGCAAGGAUGACGAGAUCACCAUCGUGCGCGGCAGCAACAAGGGACGUGAGGGCAAGAUCUCCACCGUUUACCGUCUCAAGUACUGCAUCCACGUCAACGGCAUUGUUCGCGAGAAGAGCAACGGCCAAUCCGUCCCCAUCCCUAUCGCUCCCUCCAAGGUCGUCGUUACCAAGCUGAAGCUUGACAAGGACCGUGAGCAGAUUCUGGAGCGCAAGGGUGCCGGUCGCGAGGCCGCCAAGAAGAAGAGGGAGGCAUAA